CGUGCGUCGUACACGGACCAUGGCGUUGCACAGCGCUGUGUGACAGGUUAGCAUCUGAAAAAAACACCUCGGGACCAGACGUGUCCGUGCACCGCGAGUCGCUGCGAGAAACGAGGAUGGGGUCCCGAAUCAAGGAGAGCCCCGAGUCCACCUUCGAGGUGUAUCUGGAGGUCGCCCAUCCAGGCACACACAGCUCCGGGCCGGCGGUGCGGAGGCAGUUCCCUGAAGACUACACAGACCAGGAGACUCUUCAGACUGUGCCCAGGUUCUGCUUCCCCUUCAACAUGGACAGCCUGACAGUCAACCAAGUCGGCCAGAACUUCACAUUCGUGUUGACCGACAUCGAGAGCAAGCAGAGAUUUGGCUUCUGUCGCCUCUCCUCAGGUGCCCACACCUGCUACUGCAUUGUCAGCUACCUGCCCUGGUUUGAAGUCUUCUACAAGCUGCUUAAUAUCCUUGCUGAUUACACCAUCAAAGGCCAGGAAAGCCAAUGGCAAGAGUUCCUGGUGUCCCUCCACACGCUCCCCAUCCCAGAGCCCGGGGUCCCCGUUCAUCUCGGUAUGCAUUCCUUCUUCACUGUGCCUGACACAAGGGAACUCCCCAGCAUACCUGAGAACAGAAACCUAACCGAGUACUUUGUAGCAGUAGAUGUCAAUAACAUGCUUCAUCUGUACGCUAGUAUGCUUUAUGAACGCCGAGUCCUCAUCUGCUGUAGCAAGCUAAGCACUUUAACAGCUUGCAUCCACGGGUCUACGACAAUGUUAUAUCCAAUGCACUGGCAACAUGUGUACAUUCCUGUUCUGCCUCAGCAUCUAUUGGACUACUGCUGUGCCCCAAUGCCCUACCUCAUCGGAGUGCACUCCAGUCUGAUGGAGAAAGUUCGAGGGAUGGCUCUGGAUGAUGUGGUGGUCCUGAACGUGGACACAAACACCCUGGAAACGCCCUACGAUGACCUCCAAAGCCUGCCCAGCGAUGUGGUCUCAUCUCUAAAGAGUCGUUUGAGGAAGGUUUCAACAACGACCGGGGACGGUGUGGCCCGAGCCUUCCUCAGGAGUCAGGCGGCUCUGUUCGGCAGCUACAGAAACGCUCUGCAGAUUGAGUCGGGAGAGCCAAUCACUUUUAAUGAGGAAACCUUCGUGAGUCAUCGUUCCAGUACCAUGAGACAGUUCCUCCAGAACGCCAUCCAGCUGCAGCUCUUCAAACAGUUCAUUGAUGGCCGGUUGGACCUGUUAAACUCAGGAGAGGGAUUCAGCGACAUCUUUGAGGAGGAGAUCAACAUGGGCGAAUAUGCAGGCAGUGACAAGACCUACCAUCAGUGGCUGUUCACUGUGAAGAAAGGAGGCGGGGCUAUCUUCAACACGGUGAAGACCAAGGCAAACCCAGCCAUGAAGACCGUGUACAAGUUUGCAAAGGACCAUGCAAAAAUGCGUAUCAAGGAAGUGAAGAGCCGGCUUAAGCAGAAGGAGCAGGUAGAAAACGGCUUCUCCACAGCAGGGUCCGCAGUCAUCGACGACGACGACGACGAGAACGCAGGGUUCACCUCCUCCACCAGUGCAGUCAGGAGGGAGGGGCCUCUGCAGGCCUUGGAUGACCGGCCAAUCACUGUGCAUUUUGGACAGGCUUGGCCCCCAGUGCUGCUGAAGAGACCGAGCAGCAAUGUGAGUCUGGAAAGCAGCAUUGACCACUCUAUCCGUCCCACUCGCCACUACACCGUCUUUCUCUCCGAGGAUUCGUCCGGAGACGAGCUCCAGUACGCCGACGACUCCAUCUCUGGGUUUCCUGACAGCUUUCUCUUCUCCGUCCCUUUCGAGUGGUCUCCUCUGCCACAGCCGUACCGCUCCCUGAAGGAGGUCGAGUUGAUAGAAGGGGUCGAUCCUGGUUUAGGGGCCGAGAGUCACACGGCUCCUCCUAGUCCGGUAAACGAGAAGUUCUCCAACGUCAACCUGCUGGGAGAUAUCUUCGGCUGCCAGGACGAGCCUGACAGCCAACCAAUCACCUUGGCUAAAAGUCUGGAGGACCUGAGGACUCCCAAAGACACGGAGGACCGACAAGCCAAGUUCACCUACCAGCGCAUGGACCUGAGCGCCGGUGAACACUCGCGAACACUUCCAGGCCUCAAGCUCCCCAACCCGUACAACAAGCUGUGGAGCGUGGGGCGGGACGGCGCCGCCUUACCCGUCUGUGACAGACCUCUUCCUGCUCAACUUCCCGCGCCGACAGAAGCCCACGAGAGCUCCGGGCCGGGCCCCGACACCCUGGACCCUUCUGCCCACGGUUACAUUACCAUUCCACGUCCCCACGGAAGGAAGACGCCCGAGCUCGGCACUGGGCUUGCACCCCCCGCCGCCCAGCUGCGCUCUAAACCAGCUGGAGAAGGAGGGGCUACGUCAGGGGGACAGGAGUUUAGACAAGCCCUGAGCAUGACCACAGAUGGAGACCUGCUACAGCCCAUCAAGGACGCUGAGGACAGUAUAGAUCUGAUGAGCCUUCUAGACCCCCUUAACAGCUCGGCACCCACCGGUUCGUUGAGCGACGUGCUCGACAUCGGCGCGUCGUCAUCUUCCUGCAAGCCAGCACUACCACCCAGGUCCUACCCACAGGGCUUGCCUCCUUUCCCACUGCCUCCUCACAUGUCACUCAACCCUUUUGCCCAGUCUUUGCAGCACACCUCCCCUCACAUGCGGUACUCACCAACUGUCAGUGGGAACCCCUUCAGUGUGGUCUACGGGCCUCCACCCGGCUCUUACUCACCCGCCCAGCCACAGUCCUUUUCUACACUACCAGGACUCUACAGACAACAUUCGCCCGGCAGCUAUGGACUCCAGUCAGCCUUCCCCUCCUCAGUCACCUCCCUGCCUCACUUCUCCGCCAGCAAUCACGCCCUCUCCAGUCUCGUGGACUCCACGUCUGUCCCCGGCACCGCCGCCAGCGCACUGGCCAAGCCGCUCCGUGCUGAGGGAGACAGACGGAAGGAUCUCUUUGGGGAUCUGCUGACUAUGGCCAAGCCAGCGACGCCCCCAAAAAAGAAGGCGGAGGACCUUCGGAGGAGGUGGGAAACAUUUGACUAAAAGCUGUGAAUGUGUUCUGAGGUCCCCUUUCUGCCACGACCCAAACUGCCCUCACUGUCAGGAUCUUCUUUUGCAUUUCAUGGCACGUUAGAUCUCAUUCAUGCUGCUUAUCCAACUCACAAACGUAGAGUAAUUAACCUUAAAUUUAAGUGAACAAACAUCAUCUUAAUAGGCUUACAGUAAUCCUCCUGCAGAUUAAAGGUAAUACAAGGAACUUGGAACUGGUUAUGAAGCUCAAUGUUAGACUAAUGCCUCUAUAUGACCUCCAUAAGUAAACAAGAUUAGCGAUUUCUAUAUAGAUGGUCUUAAUGCCUUCAUGUCACUGCCAUCCGAUGAACCAUUGUACAGCGUGCAGGUUCACUAGCGACUCCUUCAGCUCAGACUCCACCAGAGAGGAGUGCCACCAAGGAAGAGGGGGUGGUUGGGAGGACAGAUCGCGUGGUAGGACCACCUGUACAUCAACUCUAGCUGGAAGCUCCACCACGUCUGUCUGCGACUGCAGGACCUGGAGCUCCUCGCCCCCAUGCUGGGAGCCAACACCGACACCACCCUGCUGGAGGGAAAGGAGGCACGGGGAACCAGAUGCUGGACUGAGCGGGGCCAAAGUUUUCUAAAGGAGGUCUGGUGGCUGCAGACGAUGAGAGCCGCAAAAUCAACACCCAAUGAAAGUUCCUUGUAGUAACAUUAAAGAUGCUUUGUUGACCCACUUCUUUAUUGAAACAAUAAUCAAUCCCCUUAGCCCUGUGUGCUCAAGGUGCUCACUCCACUGGUUGAUACAGGGGUCAUUUUCACUUGCCAGUACCACCAGUAACCACACAUCUUCUAGGUUAGCGAGUUGUGCAUGUGGAGUACAGCUGAGCAAACGCUUCAGAGCCGAUGUGUCAUUCAGUGUGACAGACAGUCCUGAUCCAGUAUGUAGGAACACACACACAAACACACUCACUGACCUCCCCACUGUGAUAAGCUGUGAUGCUGACCAGUGACAAACAGGAGUGUGUGUUUCUGUGGACGACCUGGUCUGCCCACGACACUGGAUCUCACCCGUCUAAGGAUCGCCUGAAUUAUUAUUAUAAUUUUUUUUAAACUCUGGCCUUGCUUCGAGAUAUCCGGAUGCCAACAACCUGUCGCAUCGCCCGUUAGCGUAGCGCUACGCAGCAUAGAUGGGUGACUUUAAAAAUGGCCGUUUCCCGAUACAGGAUGUGUGUUCUACAACAAGCGUGUUGCUCUAGAUGAACACCCUCAUGCUACCGUAUCCGGGUGGUGCAGCUCACCCUCAUGCUACCGUAUCCGGGUGGUGCAGCUCACCCUCAUGCUACUGUACCCUGGUGGUGCAGCUCACCCUCAUGCUACCGUAUCCGGGUGGUGCAGCUCACCCUCAUGCUACCGUAUCCGGGUGGUGCAGCUCACCCUCAUGCUACCGUAUCCGGGUGGUGCAGCUCACCCUCAUGCUACUGUACCCUGGUGGUGCAGCUCACCCUCAUGCUACCGUAUCCGGGUGGUGCAGCUCACCCUCAUGCUACUGUACCCUGGUGGUGCAGCUCACCCUCAUGCUACUGUAUCCGGGUGGUGCAGCUCACCCUCAUGCUACCGUAUCCGGGUGGUGCAGCUCACCCUCAUGCUACCGUAUCCGGGUGGUGCAGCUCACCCUCAUGCUACCGUAUCCGGGUGGUGCAGCUCACCCUCAUGCUACCGUAUCCGGGUGGUGCAGCUCACCCUCAUGCUACUGUAUCCGGGUGGUGCAGCUCACCCUCAUGCUACUGUAUCCGGGUGGUGCAGCUCUAUCAUGCAGUCGGUGCACCCGUCGGGUUUUGGUCACUUCAUGCAGUAUUUUAGUUUAGUUUUGGCCUUCAUAAUGAAUAACUGUGAACAUGUUGCCUCCUACUGUUUGUUUUUUAAGAGAAUCCUGUAAUAGCCAUGUGUAAUAACACUGCUGUGUGUAAUAACUAACCAACAUGUAAUACAUCUUCACUUCACUAUGUAAUUCCCACAAUUAAGUAAUUUUGUUACAAUCUGCUGCAUUCGUAAUGAAAAGCUUGAAUACAAUAUUUCAUACAUUUCCCGGCAUUAUGCAAGAAAUUGUUAAACAUGUUUUCUUUUCAAAAUGAGUGUUUUGCAUUUUAGUAACUUUUUAUGAAAAGUAAUAACACAUACAUUAUUUAAUAAUCAACAAAAAUAAUUUGAUGUAGUUUGGGCCAAUGAAAUAUCUACUGAAUGAAUUGUGUCCUUCAAAAUUAAUUUUGAGUGAUUUGUUUGAAAGCAAAAAGAUGUAUUAUUACAUAGUGAAGAUUUAUUGCAAUGUGUUUAGUUAUUACAUGUGUUGUUGCAGUCCCCAACAUUUAUGACUCAUUAAAUAUAUAUAUAUGUGGACUUUUGAACACCUACUUGUAUAUUCUGUGGUGUCAAAGGUUCUUUCGCCAAUUCUGCUGCUGAUAUUUGCACUGUGUGUGUGUGUGUGUGUGUGUGUGUGUGUGUGUGUGUGUGUGUGUGUGUGUGUGUGUG